AUGCCCCGCAGCGGCCUCAACGCGUCGCUCAUGAAACCCCUCGUGGUGCUCGCCUUCCCGGGCAUGUACCUCGUCUACAAGAUCAGCGAGUUCAAGCGCCAGCAGCAGGAGCACAACCGACGCAAGGUCACCGAGCGGGAGCUGGCACACCUCAACCACAAGAUCGACAAGUUGCUCACCAAGUUGGAAGAGCAUGAGCCGGAACUAGCCACCAGUCAAGAGGAAGAAUGCGUGGUGUGCGUGAGUGCCAAGGCGAGCAUGCAGACGUUCCCGUGUGGCCAUCGCGUAGUGUGCCGCAAGUGCUUCGUCAAGACCAUCCAGGUGGCCGUGUCCCAGAGGGUUCUGCCCCUGCGAUGCGUCAUCUGCCGCACAAAGAUCGUGCGCCUCAAACACUCGUCCCACGGACGAGCAACGCCGGUCAUGCCGGGAGCCAGGGCCCUCCUCGCGCCCUGUGAGGCUCUGGGCGAGACCUCGGGGCCUUUCCUCAGACCCCAUGACUUGGAGCGGCCCGUAGAACCACUGCCGGCCAGCCACUACAGGCACAGCGCCCAGGCGUGCCGCUUCCACAGACAUCGCGAUGGCACGUCCGAGCUCGCAGAACCGUCGGCGUCAUCGUCGUCCGGGGCAUCUUGCUCGACAAAGGCACCGGAGAAGUCCCUGCCCUGCUCGCCCGUCUGCAGCCCGGAAGAACUGUGCGGACGGCGGGUUACCCGAGCGCUGGUGCAUCCACCGCCGAGGUCACCGCCUGACGCCCCAAAGUCACCGCCGAAAGUCGACCGGCUUUCCGUCUCUCCUGGUCCCUCCGGCAUACCUGCAGAGCCGAGCCCUCAAGCUCUCGCCGCGGCUGCCCUCGCCACCGUGACGUUGCCUCCUCCACCCAGCGAGAUCCGACGUCGACGCGGUGGACAGUUGCAUCGUGUGAGUCCCGGUAACGCCCUCCCACUCGCGGUCCGGGGACCUCUGGUAAAGCCCCUGGUGAAGCCUCCACGGCCGUCGUCCCGGUUCGAGCGGUUCCGGGAUUUGCACGUGCGACGUCCCACGCCACUGCUUCCGAUCCCCGAGAAAGAAGAGCCCGAAGGGCUUCAGCUGGAAGCCGCCUUCUGCCGCGUCGCUCCCGGAGCGUCCGAUCUGCUGGUGUGCGCUUCGUCGCCCAAGAUAUCCGUGCUCCAGCAGGACCGGGCGCCGCUGCUCCAACCGGAUUCACCUGACCGCCGAUCGCGGAGCUUGCGGAGCCAGCUGCGCUCCAAGAUGGCGGGCUUCCCGAGUCUCCUGGGUUCGCCAUUGAGGGCUCUUCGUGCGGGGGCGAGGCACCGUCGGGUGCCAGACGUCAACUAA